AUGAAAGUCCUUCUGCAUCUCCCGGCCCUUCUAGCUUCCCUGACCUUGCUCCAGACAGCAGUGGCGGCCAGUAAUGGUAAGUUGAGCGCCGCUGCCACCCUGCGCGAAACAGUGGAUGAGGUCAAGGUCUGGGUCAACAAGGCCUUCCUGGAUUCCCGGACCAGGCUGAAGACCGCCUUGACCACCCAGGCUCCCACCACCCGCCACCUCUCAGGGUAUCUCAAACAAGCCAAAGGCCGGACGCGCACAGCCAUCCGCAAUGGGCAGGUGUGGGAAGAGUCUCUAAAGAAACUGAAGAAGGCGGUGACCUUGACAAAUGUCACAGGCCAAGGCCUGGAUUUGACUUCGCUCUCAUGGGAGGUGGGCUGUGAUCCCCCUGCUAAGGCAGUGACUUGUGAUAUAAGCAACCCUUACCGAACCAUCACUGGAGACUGUAACAACAGGAAGAAUCCAACGCUGGGAUCCGCCAAUAGGGCGCUGGCUCGAUGGCUGCCCGCGGAGUACGAGGACGGGUUCUCCCGCCCCUUUGGGUGGACGCCGGGGAAGACGCGGAACGGCUUCCCUCUCCCGCAGCCCCGAGACGUCUCCAACCAGAUCCUUGGCUAUCUGAAUGAGGAGGGUGUUCUGGACGAAAACAGAUCCUUGCUCUUCAUGCAGUGGGGUCAAAUCGUGGACCAUGACUUGGACUUUGCCCCUGAAAAUGAGAUGGGGAGUGAUAACAACUCCAAAGCCCAGUGUGAUGAACACUGUCUCCAGGGAGACAACUGCUUCCCCAUCAUGUUUCCAAAGGGUGACCCUAAAUUGAAGACUCAGGGGAAAUGCAUGCCUUUCUACAGAGCUGGAUUUGUCUGUCCCACACCACCCUAUCAAUCCCUGGCCCGAGAGCAAAUCAAUGCUCUAACCUCUUUCAUGGAUGCUAGCUUGGUAUAUGGUUCUGAGCCAAGCCUGGCAAAUCGACUUCGAAACCUCAGCAGCCCCUUGGGCCUCAUGAUUGUCAAUGAAGAGGUCUCAGACCAUGGACUGCCCCUCCUGCCUUUUGUCAGUGUGAAGCCCAGCCCCUGUGAGGUCAUCAACCGCACUGCUGGAGUGCCCUGCUUCUUGGCAGGAGACUCCCGAGCCUCGGAGCAGAUCUUGCUGGCCACAUCCCAUACACUCCUUCUCCGGGAGCACAAUCGAUUAGCCAGAGAACUGAGCAGAAUCAACCCUGAGUGGGAUGGUGAGAAGCUCUAUCAAGAAGCCAGGAAAAUCAUGGGAGCCUUCAUACAGAUCAUCACCUUCAGGGACUAUCUCCCCAUCUUACUGGGGGAUGAGAUGCAGAAGUGGGUCCCCCCAUACCAAGGCUACAGUGAGACUGUAGACCCGCGCAUUUCCAAUGUCUUCACCUUUGCUCUCCGCUUUGGCCACUUGGAGGUCCCUUCUGCUAUCUACCGCCUGGAUGAGAAUUAUCAGCCAUGGGGUUCAGAACCCGAGCUCCCCCUGCACAAUCUCUUCUUCAACACCUGGAGGCUGGUCAAGGAUGGUGGAAUUGAUCCUCUGGUUCGAGGCCUGCUGGCCAAGAAGGCCAAGUUGGCACACCAGGACAGGAUGAUGACAGGGGAACUCCGCAACAUGCUGUUCCAGCAGACUCACACCAUCCAUGGCUUCGACCUAGCUGCCAUCAAUAUCCAGCGGUGCCGAGACCACGGGCAGCCUGGGUACAACUCCUGGAGAGCUUUCUGUGGCCUGUCACAGCCAAAGACGCUACAAGAGCUGAGUGCUGUGCUGCAAAAUAAGGUGCUGGCCAAGAAGCUGCUGGAUCUCUAUGGAACCCCCGACAAUAUUGAUAUCUGGUUAGGGGCCAUUGCUGAACCCCCGGUCCAUAGGGGUCGGGUAGGGCCUCUCCUCACCUGCCUCCUGGGCCAGCAGUUCCAGCGGAUCCGAGAUGGAGACAGGUUCUGGUGGGAGAACUCUGGAGUCUUCACAGAGAAGCAACGGGACUCUCUACGGAAGGUGUCCUUCUCAAGACUUGUCUGUGAUAACACCCGCAUCAACAAGGUCCCACUGAACCCAUUCCAGGCCAACACCUACCCCCAGGGCUUUGUGGACUGCUCUGCUAUUGAUAAGUUGGACCUCUCCCCCUGGGCCUCAGUGAAGAAGUAG